CCCCAACAUAUCCAUAUCCCGAAGUUCCACAGGGUUUUUACUCAUCUCUAACUAGUUAAUCUUUUUGCCUUGGGGUUUUAGUGAAGUGGCCAUUCUCAUUCAUUGGCUGAGAUACUUACGGGCAGUGCACGAAAUUAUUAAUCUUUCUGGUUCAACAACUUAAGUCUAGAGCCUAUCACAUCUCACAUCAGCAAAUAAACACCAGGGAGGGGGAAAAAAAAAAAAGAAACACACUAAGUGGAUAGAUGAAUGGGCCAAUCCUGUGGCUGAGGAGAGUAUUUCCUCUCUUUUCUUUGUUAGCCUAACAGGUGAGGAUUGUGGUAAGAGAUUUUAAAAGCACCUGAGAAAGCAGUGACAAGUAGUGACUGUUCUGAGUUCACAUAAGUCUCAAGCAGCUUUGACUUUUCCCCAGUUAGUCAGGAGGGACGCUAACAAGUCUGGUUUAGAUGGAGGAGAAGAGUAAGAAGGACCACUGGGCUCUGCUCAACCAAGGAGAGGAGAAUGAACUGGAGGUGUUUGGUUACCGGACCCAUAAUCUUCGCAGAGCCCUGUGCCUUAUAACAACCAUGCUGACGUGUGGGGUUCUUCUGCUGGUGUUCUACUGGAAGCCCCAGUGGAGAGUGUGGGCUAAUUGCAACCCAUGCCCUUUGCAAGAAGCAGACACUGUUUUGCUAAGAACAACGGAUGAAUUCCAAAGAUAUACGAGGAAGAAGGUUAUAUGCCUCUACUUAGCGACACUGAAGUUUCCUAUAAGCAAGAACCCAGAAGAACCCCUGGUGGCUGACCGCCACUCUGUCAUUAACCAUGCGGUAUUGAAGCCAGAAUUAAAACUGCGAUAUAUCCAAGUGCGGAAAAUCAGGUAUGUUUGGGACAACUUGGAGAAGAGGUUUCAGAAAGUCGGCCUGCUGGAAGACAGCAACUCCUGCUAUGAUAUCCACCACACGUUUGGACGGGGCCUGACCAGUGAAGAGCAAGAGGUCAGAAGAUUAGUGUGUGGGCCCAAUGCCAUUGAGGUAGAAAUCCAGCCCAUAUGGAAGCUGCUUAUUAAACAGGUUUUAAAUCCAUUCUACGUAUUCCAAGCCUUUACCCUAACUUUGUGGCUGUCUCAAGGUUACAUAGAAUACUCUGUGGCCAUCAUCAUCUUGUCUAUUAUCUCCAUUGUCUUAAGUGUGUAUGAUUUGCGACAGCAAUCAGUGAAGCUGCACAACCUUGUGGAGGAUCACAACAAAGUCCAGGUUACAGUCAUGGUAAAGGACAAAGGUUUGCAGAAGCUGGAAUCCCAUCUCUUGGUUCCUGGGGAUACUCUUAUUCUUCCAGGAAAAACUUCAUUGCCAUGUGAUGCUAUCCUGAUUGAUGGAAGCUGUGUGGUGACUGAAGGCAUGCUCACAGGAGAAAGCAUACCUGUCACAAAGACGCCACUGCCCUAUACGGAGAACACCGUGGCCUGGAAAUCCCACAGCUUGGAGGACUAUCGGAAACAUGUCCUUUUCUGCGGGACAGAGCUUAUCCAGGUCAAGCCGUCUGGGCAGGGGCCAGUGAGAGCAGUUGUUUUGCAAACAGGUUACAAUACUGCCAAAGGGGACUUGGUGAGAUCCAUCCUCUAUCCCCGACCUCUGAACUUCAAGCUAUACAAUGAUGCCUUCAAGUUUAUAGUGUUCUUGGCCUUCCUUGGCAUUGUGGGUUUCUUCUAUGCCCUUGGUGUAUAUAUGUACCAUGGAGUUUCUCCAAGAGACACGGCAACCAUGGCCCUGCUUCUCCUCACCGUGACUGUCCCUCCUGUGCUACCAGCUGCCCUGACCACAGGAAUCGUGUAUGCACAAAAGAGGCUGAAGAAAAAGAAAAUCUUCUGUAUUUCCCCACAGAGAAUCAAUAUGUGUGGACAAAUAAACCUCGUGUGCUUUGACAAAACUGGCACUCUUACGGAAGAUGGGCUGGACCUCUGGGGGACUGUCCCUACUGCUGACAACUGCUUUUCUUUGCCUCAGGAAGUGAAUAGCUUUGCCUCAGGCAAGGUUUUGCCAUGGGGCCCGCUGUGUGCUGCCAUGACCAGCUGCCACUCUCUGAUCCUUCUCAAUGGGACCAUCCAAGGAGACCCACUGGACCUCAAAAUGUUUGAGGGCACUGCCUGGAUAAUGGAAGAUUGCGAUGCAGACUACCGCACAUUUGGGAUGCCAGGUUCAAACAUAAUAAUAAAGCCAGGACCAAAAGCCAGUUGGAGUCCCGUGGAAGCCAUAGCCAUCUUGCGCCAGUUUCCAUUUUCCUCAAGCCUGCAGAGGAUGUCUGUGGUCGCUCAGGUGGCAGGGGAGGAUCACUUCCAUGUGUACAUGAAGGGUGCCCCGGAGAUGCUGGCCAAGUUCUGCAAGUCUGAAACAGUACCCAAGAAUUUCCCACAGGAACUCAGGAAAUACACAAUACAAGGCUUCCGUGUCAUUGCUUUUGCCCAUAAAGGCUUGAAGAUGAAGAAGCUUUCAGAUGUAGAGAAUAUAGCGAGAGAGAAGGUGGAGUCAGACUUGACAUUUCUGGGACUUCUCAUAAUGGAGAAUCGCUUGAAAAAAGAAAGCAAGUCAGUCUUGAAGGAACUGCAUGAAGCCUAUAGAAAAUCCCAUGAUUGUUGGCGAUUCUCUUGUAGUAAGUGCUUUCUGGACAACCAAAGUAAUUUCUCAAUGAAUGUGAGUUUGGAGAGAAAUGGGACUGAAAAUGCAACGCUGGUUCCUGGUUCAGUUUUAAGUUUUGAGAGUACCACACUGUGGCCCCUCACCACCAUCAACUGUAUCACAGCAGCAUUUAUCUUCUCUAAGGGAAAGCCAUUUCGAAAACCCAUCUACACAAACUAUAUAUUCUCAUUUCUGCUGAUAUCUGCCUUGGGCCUCACAGUUUUCAUUCUGUUUUCUGACUUUCAAGAUAUAUAUCGUGGAAUGGAGUUCAUCCCAACACUGGCAUCAUGGAGGGUUUCGAUUUUGGUGGCAGCCAUCACCCAAUUCUGUGUGGCCUUCCUCGUAGAGGAUUUCAUCCUUCAAAAUCGAAAGCUCUGGCUAUGGAUCAAAAAAGAAUUUGGAUUCUAUUCUAAAAGUCAAUAUAGGCACUGGCAAAAAACGCUGGCGGAAGAUUCCACCUGGCCUCCCACAAACAGAACGGAUUAUUCAGGUGAUGGUGAAUAUGGAUUCUACAUCAACCGUGGCUAUGAAAGCCCUGAAGAGAUUCCAAAAGCGAAACUCGGAUUGGAAGGCCAAACCACAGAACAGCAUUUUUGGACCAGGCUGUAAUCAGAAUUAUUGUCAUAUGGGGUUAACAGCAUCUCCUUGCUCCCAGAAACUAACAUAUUGUGGAGAGGUGAUGACAGUCUACCUCUACCUUUAUCCAUCAGAGAAUUCAAGGUGCAUUUCUCGAUGUAUUGAACCUUGCAAAAAAGAACCUUAAAUAUGCUUAUUUUGACUGUAUCCUCCACUACUGAGGAAAAACAUGAACUUCCUCGAUUGUCUUUUUUUUCCCUUAAUAUUGCAUACCAUUAUCCUGGCGGAAAUGCCCAAGCUUUUAUGGUAGUGAAAUUAGUGGUAUGAACAUCAGUAGAAGGAAAUUUCAAGAAGAGUUUGGUCUUUGAAAGUUUCACCAAUAUAUCUUUAAUUCACAGACAAAUAAAAGAAUAAGUCUUUCUAUCAAUAAAUUAUCACAAGUUUACUGAACCUUAUAUUCACUUGUGAAGACCAUUUAUGUACCUAUCUUUUCCCAAGGUCACAAAAUUCCUCUUUUUGCUUCUUUUGUAUGGCUUUAAUAAAGAAAGAAGAACUGAGAUUUCCUUCAGAAAAAUUAACUCUGUAAUAAGUAGAGAAUGAUGGAGGUGCCUGUUAACUGCCUAUAAUCUUGGCUUGGGCACAGCUUAUAUCUAAGCCAACUCCACUGAUGUUGGCAUCACCCAAAGUAUAUUGUUUUGGGGCAGUGAGCCUGAACGUCCGUGGUAGAGCACAAAGAUAAUGGGAUAAAUGUUAAAAUAUACUUUUCACUUAAAGAAGCAUGACACUUUGUUAUUUGUUGCUAUGGACAGAUGAAACCCUCAGGUUCUAAGUCAAAAAAUUGGUUCAAACUCAGCAUUGCUCAUCUUAAAACACAACCCUGGGGAAGGGACUCCUAAUGUUUGUGUCUACAGCAUGACAAGCAUCAGGCUGCUGAACGACCUCAAGUCCCAUUUCGUCUUUUCAUUAUUUUACUCAAUCAUUAUGUGCACACUAAUGGCCACAAGAAAAGGUAUAUCCUCUGUAAAUAUAUUCUGUAUGCUAUUACCUUUAAUAUAUAUCUACCUCUCGGUGACCUUGAGAGGACAUACAUCUCUAGUGAACCUUUUAAAUUAGCUAGUAGGCUUUCCUUGUGACCAUAAAUUGAGUUUUGCUAAUUUAACAGAUCUUUAAUGGCUCAUAGGCAAUUAGCUAACCAGUUCUAUCCCACGAGCUCCAGUUAUGUGCCUAAUACUGUGAUGGAUGCAUUCAAUAAUGCCUUUAUAAUUCUGUAAUCCUUAGAGCUGAAAAAAUGUUUUUAACAUUUCAGCAAUGCAUUGCUGUAUAUAGUACUAUAUACUUUGUUAUACACACCAGCAGCAUAAAUGCAAAUUCCUAUAAAAACAAA